AUGGACGCCAGCAACGGAGUCUGCACCAUCAAGCCCAACUGGUUCGACGCGACGCAGUACGGCUACGUCGCCAGCGAGACCGGCACCCACGCGACGAGCAUUCAGGCAGCCAUCGACAGCGCGGCCGCAGCCAAGGGCGGCACCGUCUUCCUUCCCGCGGGGGAGUAUACACUCAACGAACCGCUGCGCAUCCAGUCCCCCGGUAUCGCCAUCGUCGGUGCCCACAGAGCCACCUCGGUCACUCUCAGCGACACCGGGUCCAUCCUCGUCACGGCUUCGGACACCGUCAUAGAAGGCCUGGAGAUUGUACACGACCAGCCCGACCCUAGCGUCACGAGCCCCUGGGAGCCGAAGCCGUACCAGCCUGCCAUCCUCGUCGACGGCGCGACGCGCGCCACGCUGAGGAACAUUGUCUUCGUCAACGCCACGUCCGCCAUAGAUGCGCGAAACCCGCGCGGACUGAUCAUCUCGGGGAUCAGGGGCCAGCCCCUCCAGAGCGGCAUCCGGAUCGAGUCCUCCGACAGCGCCUUCGACGUGUCCGUCCGAGACGUCGUCUUCGAGCCGUCGUGGAGUAAGGACCGACGCGUCCUCGCCUACCAGGCCUCCAAUGCUGUCGCCUUCUCCAGCAUCAACAAUAACCUCACCAAGGCCGCGUUCGAGGGCGUGUCCGCCAGCAACUACGCCGUGGGGUUCGCCAUGGGCGGCGACGGACCGCCCUCGUCCAUCACGCGGCAGUCCCUGUCCAACGCACGAGCGCUGUUCUGCGGAAUCGGCCUCGCGGUCGGGAGCAACCAGGUGCGCUUGGCGGUGCAAGACUUUAUCUUUCUAGGCCUGCCGGGGGACCAGUCCGUCAACGGCGUCCUGGUAGGCGGCUCCAACAUCACCCUCCACGUCAUCGGGUUCCGUUGCGAUACCACCGGACAGGCCGCCAUCUCCGUCGACGGCCCGUCGCCGCAGCUAGCCACGUUCAGGAACGUCUUCAUCAAAGACUGGAACCAGCAGGCCAACGCAGCCCUCGGCCUGCCCGCGAAAAAGCGUCUUCAUCCUUUGAAGCUGCCCCCGCAGUUGGACAGCAUCGGUAUCAAAGUUUCUGGGAAUGAUCUUGCUGAGGAAGUGACUUCGGCCAUCUACGCGGGCUGGGGCGCAUAUGUUGAAAUCAGCGGAGACAAGACCUUCACUCAGACGCCUCCGGCGAACUGGCCCAUCAAAGGCGGUAAUGUUGACAAGAUUAACAUAGUGCCUUUUUGA